AUGGCGGAAGCCCUCGGCAUCGCUGGCAGUGCUGUUGGCAUCAUAUCCUUAGCUGUCCAGCUCGGCGAUGGCAUCUUGAAACUCAAAUCAUUUUGGAUGGCCGUUAAACACGCUCCAGAAGAGAUCUUAUAUAUUCUUGAUGAAUUGGACAUAACGCAUGUGCUACUCAUGGAAAUCGAGGACAGUCUAGGUAGCCAGACGAUAUCGCCUGCAGCCGCGAGAUCACUUCGGUUGUGCCAAAAAGGUGUGGAUAUAUUGAACAAUGCCGUCAAGGAGCUAGAGGAUGAAAUGAAACGGAGAAAGAAAUGGGGAGGAGUCAAGAUGGUAAUGAAAAAGGAAUUGCUUGAGAAGAUGGAAAAGAGACUCGGGAGAGCAAAUUCAUUGAUGAUGAUGGCGCAUCAGAACUAUAUUGCUUUGAGCAAAUCGAGACACGAUGAACAAGUGAGAUUGGCUACGCAGCAAUUCUCAGAGAUUGUGGAAAUUCGAAAUACUUUGCAUAGCUUUAACUCAGCUACAUCUAUCAUCACUACCCAACAACAGAUAUCUAGCAGUACAACGGAUCUUUCGGUUAUACCAAGUGCGAAUACCACUUCGGGUUCUAGGUCUGCAAAAACACUAUCAAAAUAUCAGAAGACCCUUAGUGCAAAGCUGCGACUUCCUUUCUUCUCGGGUGUAUGGGAACUGUGUGCCUAUCAACAAUCAAUAUCUGGAUGGGAUUUCAAAUUGAGAAUAUACAACGUUGUUGAUUAUGAUGCACCUAUAAUGACAUUGGCCCGUAAUGGAGAUGUGGCUGGUAUGCAGCAACUAUUUGAAACACAGCAGGCAAGCCCGUACGAUGUUAAUAUAUAUGGGCAGACUAUUCUUCAUGUAGGAAUUCUUGAUAAAUCGUGGCUUGGACAUAACUAUAGAGGAUUCUUUUGGUCGCUGCAGAGACUCACGAAUCUGCUCAGACCGGCAUGGUCAUCGCCAUUUCAAGUGCUUUUUCCCGAUGAAGAUAUUUUUGCAAUAACGCAAUACUUAGUUUCCAGGGCCGAUUGUGAUAUCAUCAGUAAUUUACCGACGUUCCUACAUUACGCCUAUUAUCUCACCCCUGAAUCAAUGAAAUGGAUACUUCAAUCUACCGAGAAUCCCAUUCACAACAGAAGUCACCGCGAACGGGCACUUUUAGUGCUAGGAAUUUCCAACUGCCGAUUAAUACACAUGAAAGAAAUCGUAUGGUUGACCCUUGACAAUAUGGAUUUGGAAGCUUGCGUCCAAAACUUAGAGCAAGCAGAGUUCUUCAAAUUACUGAGAAGAAUUACACACUCCUUGGGUUUUAUAAUGGCACAUCAUCUGGUUGUUCGGCGCAACAGGAAUACCGUGGUACCGUACGGAGAUCAUUUGAAAGAUCAUCUAAUUAUCAUACAUGAUCUUUUUCUUGCUGGCUCCAAAUAUCACCACUUAAAAGAUACAUAUAAAGACUACCAUCAUAGUUUUCUUCUUCGAUUAUUGAAAGGUGCGGCUACAUUUGUUAUGUGCGACUCUUUACCUAGAGCAAAUGCAAGCUUUGAUCUCCUUGAACAAUGUCUCAUAAAUUCGAUCGAGACAUGGCUCGAUCAAAUCAUAUCAGAGGGAAUCGAUUUAAUUGAAUACGGUCAGUGGGAAAAGAAGACACGGGAUGAUGCCAAUUCUUUGGGUUUAAUCUCGGUUCGACUCUCCCGCCCCCGCUUUGAGGACCAGUGCUACGCCGUCAGUUUAUUGAGUUUUAUACAUGGACCAACAAAGAGCGACUGGCAGUUCUGGUUUACUGUUGAGCCUGAGUGUAUACAUGAGGGCUGGGUUAAGGAGUUUUGGGAUAUGGUCGAGAAUCCGGAAAGACAAAUACCAGGUGCUUGGAAUUUUGAUGCCUAG